CUCAUUGCCAUGUCUAGUCGCACUCGUGGUCUUCUUUCUCCGCUCCACGCCUUCUCUCUCUCGGCCUUUCUUUCCUAGCGGCGACGACAGGGCGAGCGGCGCCGCCCUUCCAGGUCUUCGCCGGCGACGAGCAUCCUACAGGUAAAGACCACCGAGUAUUAGGUGGAAGAAGAGAACUCUAGGCACUGGGGGAAGGACUCCAGUCUCAAUUGGGGGUUGUGAAUUAUGAUCCGCUAUGAACCAUACCCUGGAACAGAUUUCGCUCCAAAGGGAGCAUAAUCCGAGGAGAACGGACAAGGGAGGCUGUGAGAAGAGAGGGCCAUGGAGUUGGCCGAACAAUCAUUCUCUCUUCUCAGUAGCAAUGCGCUGCCUCUCUGGGCUACAAUCAUCGCCGGCGUUUUUGUCAUCAUCUCGCUCUCACUGUCCAUAUACCUGCUGUUCAAUCACCUGUCAGCCUACAAAAACCCAGAGGAACAGAAGUUUCUUGUCGGCGUCAUUCUCAUGGUGCCCUGCUAUGCAGUUGAGUCGUACAUAUCAUUGGUAAAUCCAUCAAUAAGUGUUGAUAUUGAGAUUCUUCGAGAUGGCUAUGAGGCAUUUGCUAUGUAUUGCUUUGGGCGGUAUCUAGUUGCUUGCUUAGGUGGGGAAGAUAGGACGAUUGAAUUUCUGAAGAAGGAGGGCGGUUCAGGUUCUGAUGCACCACUUUUAGGCCAAGCAUCUGAACAGCGAUAUGUGCACCAUCCUUUUCCAAUGAAUUACAUGCUGAAACCAUGGCCUCUAGGCGAAUGGUUCUACUUGGUCAUCAAAUUUGGGCUAGUUCAAUACAUGAUAAUAAAAUCAAUAUGUGCUAUUCUUGCGGUAAUUCUUGAAUCCUUUGGGGUGUACUGUGAAGGAGAGUUUAAGUUGAACUGUGGGUACUCUUACACGGCUGUGGUUCUCAAUUUCAGUCAGUCAUGGGCCUUAUACUGUCUUGUUCAAUUUUAUGCCGUGAUAAAGGAUGAGUUAGCCCAUAUAAAGCCUCUUGCAAAGUUUCUGACAUUCAAGUCUAUUGUGUUCUUAACAUGGUGGCAAGGUAUAGCAAUUGCACUCCUCUUCAAUUGGGGCUUGUUGAGAGGUCCUAUCGCUCAAGAGUUGCAGUUCAAGUCAAGUAUUCAAGACUUCAUUAUCUGCAUAGAGAUGGGUGUUGCUUCUGUUGUCCACCUGUAUGUCUUCCCUGCAAAGCCAUACGAGCUAAUGGAUGAUCGUUUCGUUGGAGAUGUUUCAGUUCUUGGAGACUAUGCCUCAGUUGAUUGCCCUCUAGAUCCAGACGAAGUCAAGGAUAGUGAGCGGCCAACUAAGUUGAGGCUUCCCCAGCCAGAUGAUCGUGUGAGGUGUUCCACUGCCAUAAAAGAAAGUGUCCGUGAUGUUGUACUUGGAGGUGGUGAAUAUAUUGUGAAUGACUUGAAGUUCACUGUGAACCAUGCUGUGGAACCAAUCAAUGAAAAGCUGCACAUGAUAUCCCAGAACAUCAAAAAGCACGAGAAGGGAAAGAAGAAAACAAAUGAUGACAGCUGUAUCAAUUCUCCCACAAAGUUGAACAGGGUAAUCAGCGGGAUUGAUGAUCCUCUCCUGAAUGGGAGCCUGAGUGACAACAGUGGUCCAAAGAAAGCGCGAAGGCAUCGCAGGAAAUCAGGGUACAUGAGUGCAGAGAGUGGCGGAGAGAGUAGUGAUCAUGGCUUAGGUGGGUAUGAGAUCCGAGGGCAUAGAUGGAUUACUAGGGAGUGACAACUAAGAACAAUCUGUGGAGAUAAGUAUGAAUCUCUCACAAGAGUUGGCUUGUGGUGAUAGGUGAAAACUGAGCCAAGUAAAGUUACAUCAGACCUGUAGAGGGUCAGGGGUAAGAUGAGAUCUCUGCCAUGAUGUUGUAGUGCGGCUAAUAGAGAUGAGCAAUCAGCCUGUUGAUUCUUUGAGCUGACCAUUUCAGCUGUUGAGGCCUUGAUCAUGUAUUUAAGAUACAGGCUUCCUUAGAGCAAGUGUUGGAUAGAAGCAAUGUGCCUGUUCUGAAUAAACUUAUGGAGCAUAGCUAGUUCCCACGGCACCACUUGUAAAGCACAGGCUAGAAAUAAUUGCACAAAGAAUAAAUAUGUCUCAAAGUUGAGGCUUGAGAAGAUGCUCUGCCAGUCUA